GCCACGCCUAUGCGAAGGACUAGACCCCGCAGUGCUUGUUGAGCUCGCGCGGACGCCCUGCAGUAGAUCACGUUACAAGGUCCGGAUUCGUGCGCACAGCUGCUAGACUGCCACUAUUACAUCGAUGCAGUAAAACAAGGUAGGAAUGGUGCGCGGCACCGCGUCGCUGGCAGCAGCCCUCACGCUGCGGUCCGCAGCCGUGCGCGGCCUCGCCUACGAAGCACAGUUGCACCGCAUCGCCGCGCGCGAGUCCGAGGUGAAGGCGUUCACGGAACCGGCCGGCGACAUCGUCGCGCGGGUCGAGCGGUCGAGCGACGCGGGCCUCCUCGUUGCCGUCAAGGAUAACAUCGCGUGCGACGGCCUGCCGCCGGCGCGCUGCGGGUCGGAGCUGCCGCCCGAGGCGCACGCCAUCAACGCCGGCCCGGAAGCCACCGUCGUCACGCGCCUGCGGGAGGCCGGGUGUGUCAUCGCCGGCACGACGCGCCUCGCGGAGUUCGCGGUGCUGGCGCCGCCGGCGACCGCGAACCCCCACAACGCCGCCUACUCGCCGGGCGGCUCAUCGUCGGGCUCGGCGGCGGCAGUAGCGGCGGGCUUCGUCGACGCGGCGCUCGGGACGCAGACCAUCGGCUCUAUCGGUCGGCCCGCGGCUUUUAGUGGCGUCGCGGCCCUCGCGCCGACGCGGGGGCGCGUGCCGCGCGACGGCGUCGAGUUGUACUCGCCCUCCGUCGACGUCGUCGGCGCCUUCGCGAAGGACUGUAACACGCUGAGGGACGUGUCGCGCCUCAUCUACGACGACUGGGAGGAGCCGGACCCCGACGGCGGGGUCCUGCCGCGCAAGCUCGCGGUCCUCGCGACGUUCAGCGACGCAGUGUGCACGACCGAGGCCAAAAGUAACUUCGCCCAGGCGCUCGCGUACCUGCGGGACGCCGGCUUCGAGGGCACGGUGUGCGCGAUGCCCACGCCGCUGCUGGACGACUUCGCGAGCCUCGCGCGACGGCACCGUUGCUUGGUAAAUUCCGAGCUGCAGCAAGGCCACGCGAAACGCUUCGCGGACCACGGCCCGCUCUACCGGCCGGAGACGGCCGCGCUGCUGCGAGCGUCCUACGACGCCGUCGACCCGGGCAGCAUGGAGGCGCUCCGCGAGGAGCUCGAGGCCGCGUUGGGCGCCGCGUUCGCCUUCGUCGCGCCCGCCGCCGCGACGGCCCCCCCCCUCCUGGCGGACGGGACGACGGGCGACCCCAGCGCGAGCCUGCCGUUCGCGCACGCGGGCCUGCCGUCGGUGACGUUGCCCGUGGGCCGCGAUCACGCGACCAACCUCCCCGUUUGUUUACAGUUCGUCGGCCGCGCGGGCGCCGACGAGGCCUUGCUGCAGUUCGCGGCGCGGCUCGAGGAGAAGGCUUUCCCGGCGCUCUCUAGCUAGCGGGUAAUGAUGUGUUGUGUGUG